AUGCUCAGAAUACUUCAGAAACGGGUUACUACAGGGUUGAUGGCUCAGUCGAGCCGGAUGGCAUCAAACACAGUAGUUGAUUCUCCAGAUCUUGCAGAUGACAUAGAAUCUGACCCCAGGAAGCGAGUUCAGAGAUGUCUCAACAGAGUAACUUUGAUUGGCAGGGUUGGCAAAGACCCAGAACAUCGAGGAAAUUCCACGCACCCCUGUAUCAUUUUCCCUCUUGCUACAAAUGCGCAGUACAGAAAGGCUGAUGGAGAACGUAUGGUCAAGACAGACUGGCACAGAGUUGCUGUGUUCAGGCCAGGACUUAGGGAUAACAUUGCAACCAAAAUUAUGAAAGGAGAUCGACUGUUCGUGGAAGGUUCUCUCUCAUAUGUUAAAUAUACUGAUCCAGACAACAAGAUUUUGACCUCAGUCUCCAUUAAUGCCGAUGAAAUCAUGAUUCUUCAGCGUGCACAUAACCCUGGUCAAGCAAGUGAUGAGGAAAACUGA